GGCAGGGGGCGCAGUUCUCUGGUGGAGUGAAGGCGCUGCUCUUCUUCUGUCCUUCUCUUCUCUAUCUAACCCGCAUUGUUUAGGAUCAGCUGUGUGUCCGAAACCCCACCCAAGCAAGGGCAAAGAUAGAGCGGAGCGAGACCGAGGUUGAUUCGGAACACAGCCGCAGUGGACCGAACCGGACCGUCGCGCUGUCUGUCGCUCUCGUCUUCUUGUUUUUUCCCCCCUCCGUUAAAGCCGGAAGGUUUCAUCCCUCCAUCUUCCCUUCAUCUUUCCUCCUUCCUCCAUCCUCAGGCCGGAGUCAGCUGAUCGAUCCACACAUCACCGCCUUCAUCCUCCUCCUCCUCUUCAUCAUCUCGGUCCAGCUCCAGCUCCAGGAUGAUCGCCUUGUUUAAUAAACUCCUGGACUGGUUUAAAGCUCUCUUCUGGAAGGAGGAGAUGGAGCUGACGCUGGUGGGCCUGCAGUACUCCGGGAAGACCACCUUCGUCAACGUGAUCGCGUCGGGACAGUUCAGCGAGGACAUGAUCCCCACCGUUGGUUUCAACAUGCGCAAGAUCACUAAAGGAAACGUCACCAUCAAGCUGUGGGAUAUCGGAGGGCAGCCGAGGUUCCGCAGUAUGUGGGAGAGAUACUGCAGGGGGGUCAGUGCCAUUGUGUAUAUGGUGGAUGCUGCAGAUCCAGAAAAAAUUGAGGCAUCUAAAAAUGAGCUGCACAACCUGUUGGACAAACCACAGCUUCAGGGCAUUCCUGUUCUGGUGUUGGGCAAUAAGAGGGAUCUGCAUGGUGCGCUGGACGAGAAGGAGCUGAUCGAGAGGAUGAACCUGUCCGCCAUCCAGGACCGGGAGAUCUGCUGCUACUCCAUCUCAUGUAAGGAGAAGGACAACAUCGAUAUCACACUACAGUGGCUGAUUCAGCACUCCAGAACCAGGCGGAGCUGAGAGGUGGAGCUUCUGAUUGAAGAAACA